AUGGCCACGCCCGCGCCCGCCGAGCCCAUCGCCAAAGGCACGCUGGCGUCCGCGCGCCAGUCGCUGGGCGACUUGUUCCGCUGGCCGAUGCGCGUCGAGGUCACCAACGCGGCCGGCGAGACACACACGGAGUGGCAGCAGCCGCCACCGCUGCAGAACCCCGUGCGGCUGCUGCGGCAGCUGUCGGCGCGCGACUGGCUGUAUUUCCUGGUCGGCCUGUUCUCGUGGCUGGCCGACGCCUUCGACUUCCACGCGCUGUCCAUCCAGACCGUCAAGCUGUCGCGCUACUACCGCCGCUCCAAGACCGCCAUCACCACCGCCAUCACGCUGACGCUGCUGCUGCGCUCCGUCGGCGCCGCCGUCUUCGGCAUGGCCGGCGACCGCUGGGGCCGCAAGUGGCCCAUGGUCUUCAACAUGGUCGUGCUGGGCCUGCUGCAGAUCGCCACCAUCUACAGCGCCACCUUCGCCCAGUUCCUGGCCGUGCGCAGCCUGUUCGGCCUCUUCAUGGGCGGCGUGUACGGCAACGCCAUCGCCAUGGCCCUUGAGAACUGCCCCGUGCAGGCCCGCGGCUUCAUGUCCGGCAUCCUGCAGCAGGGCUACUCCAUGGGCUACAUCUUCGCCGCCUGCACCAACCUGGCCGUCGGCGGCAGCGUCGACUCGUGGAAGAUCGUCUUCUGGGUCGGCGCCGCCCUGUCCAUCCUCGCCGGCGUCAUCCGUGUCUUCCUGCCCGAGUCGCAGCAGUUCCUGGCCGCGAAGCGCGCCGGCAAGAAAUCCGUCACCGCCGCCGCCUUCUGGGCCGACACCCGCCGCAUGAUGCGCGACGAGUGGCGCGUCGUCGUCUACUGCAUCAUCCUCAUGACCUGGUUCAACUACUACAGCCACGCCUCGCAGGACAGCUACACCACCUUCAUGCUGACCGAGAAGGGCCUCGACAACGCCGCCGCCAGCCGCGCCAGCAUCCUCAUGAAGACCGGCGCCAGCGUCGGCGGCGCCAUCGUCGGCUACGUGUCGCAGUGGUUCGGCCGCCGCCGCGCCAUCGUGGUGUCGGCGCUCAUGAGCGCGCUGCUGAUCCCCGCGUGGAUCCUGCCGCAGGGCGAGCGCGCGCUGUCGGCCUCGGGCUUCAUGCUGCAGUUCUGGGUGCAGGGCGCCUGGGGCAUCGUGCCCAUCCACCUCAACGAGCUGUCGCCGCCGGCCUUCCGCUCCAGCUUCCCCGGCAUCACCUACCAGAUCGGCAACAUGAUCUCGUCGCCGUCCGCCCAGAUCGUCAACGCCGUUGCUGAGUCCAUCUCCAUCACCGGCGCCAAGGGCAAGCCCGCGCCCGCCUACGGCCCGACCAUGGGCGUCGCCACCGCCAUCAUCGCCCUGGCCAUCGUCGUCACCACCGCCGUCGGGCCCGAGAAGCGCGGCCGCCAGUUCGAGCUGGCCGCCGUGGCGGGUGCCAGCCAGACGCCGCCGCUGCAGAAGGACAGCGCGUCGCUGGCGGAGGAGAAGGAGGAGGAAAGCCGGCUCGAGGGUGCAGGGAAGGUGGAGAAGGUGUGA